AUGGCAACUAUUCAGAGCGUCAAGGCCCGUCAAAUCUUCGAUAGCCGUGGUAAUCCUACUGUCGAGGUUGAUGUGCAUCUAAAGAAUGGAACUUGGGCAAGAGCUGCUGUUCCUAGUGGUGCAUCCACCGGAAUUUAUGAAGCCCUCGAAUUGAGGGAUGGAGGUUCAGACUACCUUGGAAAGGGUGUCACUAAGGCUGUUAAUAAUGUCAACUCUAUCAUCGGUCCUGCUCUCAUUGGCAAGGAUCCUACUGAUCAGACUGGUCUCGAUAACUUCAUGGUACAAAAACUUGAUGGAACUCAGAAUGAGUGGGGUUGGUGCAAGCAAAAGCUUGGUGCCAAUGCCAUACUUGCUGUCUCACUUGCUGUGUGCAAAGUUGGAGCUGCUGUCCUCAAUAUUCCACUUUACAAGCACAUUGCAAACCUAGCUGGUAACAAGAAGCUGGUGUUGCCAGUUCCUGCUUUUAAUGUCAUCAAUGGUGGAUCACAUGCUGGAAACAAAUUGGCGAUGCAGGAAUUUAUGAUUCUUCCUGUUGGAGCUUCUUCAUUUAAUGAGGCCAUGAAGAUGGGUGUGGAAGUAUAUCACAAUUUGAAGGCUGUUAUUAAGAAGAAAUAUGGCCAAGAUGCUACCAAUGUCGGUGAUGAGGGUGGCUUCGCUCCUAACAUUCAGGAGAACAAAGAAGGUCUUGAAUUGCUCAAGACAGCCAUUGCUAAAGCAGGUUAUACAGGAAAGGUUGUCAUUGGAAUGGAUGUUGCUGCAUCAGAAUUUUAUGGAUCGGACAAGACUUAUGAUUUGAACUUCAAAGAAGAGAACAACGAUGGCUCGAAAAAAAUUUCAGAUGACUGGAAGCACUACGCCAAGCUAACUGAUGAAAUUGGAGCUCAAGUACAGAUUGUGGGAGAUGAUCUCUUGGUCACCAAUCCCAAGAGAGUCGAGAAGGCAAUUAAAGAGAAAGCUUGCAAUGCUCUUCUUCUCAAGGUCAACCAAAUUGGAUCUGUGACUGAGAGUAUUGAAGCUGUAAAAAUGUCCAAGAAGGCUGGUUGGGGUGUGAUGGCCAGUCACCGCAGUGGAGAGACUGAAGACACUUUCAUUGCUGAUCUCUCUGUCGGUUUGGCAACGGGUCAAAUCAAGACCGGUGCUCCAUGCAGGUCAGAACGUCUUGCAAAGUACAAUCAGCUUUUAAGGAUUGAAGAGGAACUUGGAUCAGAGGCUGUAUAUGCAGGAGCAAGCUUCCGAGCACCUGUUGAGCCCUAUUAG